AUUGUUAUGAUUCAUUCCUUGUGUUUGUGGGUCGUUUUGUGUUAAAUACAUAAAAAAUAUAUUUAAGAAUUUGUGAUAUGAAAGAAGAACGGCUUCGUAUACGCGAUAAUACAAGCAUCCAGGGCCCAUACUUACGGCCAGAAGUUACAGAGACAGUGCCACAGGGAUCCUUCUUGUGCGUUUGUACCCGAACUAUUGUUGGAAACUGCUGGUCGUUGGUUACCAGCGAAGAGGGAGGAAUCGGAAGUCUGCGUUGUAUUUCUCUGUUUUUUGUCAGCAUUACAGUCGCUGUUACCAUAGCACUUUCAGUACACAUUUAUCAAGGAAAUGUUGAGUUAGUACCCCAUGGAAGUGUGGCAACAGAUAGCCAUAAGUGUUCCAUUAUGGGAACAGAAAUUUUAAAACAAGGAGGAAAUGCCGUAGAUGCUGCAAUAGCUAGCACACUGUGUCUUGGUGUGUAUAAUUUCCACGUUACGGGCCUGGGAGGUGGCGGAUUCUUGUUGGUAUACAGUCAUCGCAAACAACAAGUAUUAGAUGUCUUGGAUUUCCGUGAAACUGUGCCAACAUCGUGGUCCCCUUCCCCAGAGAAACUGGGCACCUGGGUGGGAGUUCCAGGUCUUCUAAGAGGUCUGGGUUUGGCUCACAAGCUCUAUGGCAAGAUGCCGUGGAAAGACUUAGUGAUGCCGUCAGUACAGAUUGCCAGGUUUGGUUUUCAAGUUCCUAAAACCAUUGUGGUGGCUACUCAGAACCUCUUGAAGAAGCAGAUUCAAAAUUCUAAACUGUCCGACCUGGUAAUGCCACUGGAAGCAGGUCAGCCACUUGUUCUCCCAACUCUGGCCAACUCACUGGAGAUGAUUGCCAAUGAAGGGGCAGAUGCUUUUUAUGAGGGCAGUCUUGCAUCUGACAUUGUGGCAACAGUUUCGGCUGCAGGUGGAACACUGACUGUAGAAGACUUGGCUAGUUAUCAGUCAGUCAGAUGUCAUUCUAAUCAGUUAAAUGCAGGAAAGUAUAACCUGUUUGUGCCAAGUCCUUCUUCUGGAGGUUUAUUUCUUGAUGUAGUGCUGAAAACACUCCAGCAGGGGUCACAGUCAUGGACCAGCAAUCAAAUAGCCAAAGUCAUGCGAGAGGUGUUCAGACAUAAUUACAGCAAUUUGGGUGACCCAGAAUUUUUGGAUACUAACUAUACCAAUGAUAACAAUUGGAACUUUCCAGAGGCUGUGGGAUCUCAUGUUGCUGCUGUUGAUUUCAGUGAAUUGUAUGUUUCUGUCAUCAGUGGUGUCAAUACGUGGUUUGGAUCACAGUUACUUACUGAUGGAGGUUUUAUUUUAAACAAUGCCUUGAGUAACUUGGACAUUAGCAGCAACAGCUCAAAGCCAGGCAGGCGUCCAUUUUCUUGGGCAGUGCCAAUUGUGGCUACAGAACGUGACAAAAUAUGUGGGAGGCGACUGGUGUUUGGGGCUGGAGAUGCCACGGUAGCUGUGCAAAUGCUUGUGAACCUGCUUCUGCGUGAAGAAAAUAUUACAGUUGCUGUAGAAGCUCCAAGAUUCCAUAUGGCUGCAGGUGGAUCAGUAAUACAGACCGAAGAUUUGCCCCAAGCCAAGUUUUCUGAAGAGGUCUUGCACUUAUUUAACGAAACAGGAUUUGAAGUGCGAACACUCAAGGAACCCUACGCGAGCUGUAAUGUAGUUGAGAAAAUUGAAGACACUUGGAAAUCUCAUUCAGAUUCAAGAGGUGGUGGUGUAGCCUCAAGAUUUUAAGAGUAUUAAAAACAAUUUAUUAAUAUUUUGAUUUAGUUUAAGUGUUGUAGUUAAAACUUGUAUUAAAUAAUUUUUGUAAGUGAAUGUGUUUGUUUAUAAGUAUGCCUAAUUUCAAAAAUAUUCCCUGUAUACUAAAAAAAAAUUAUGUUCUUGUGGUAAUUUAUUAAUGUGCUUGUGGAUCUAUUAAAAAUAUUUGAAAUUUCAUAAAUCACAGUGGUUAUGAAUGCUAAUAGAUAUUGUUUGCUCUGUGUGGAAUUUUGGUUAGGAAGAUUUACACAAAAUUAUUAAUUUCCAAAAUUACUAAUUUCCAUGUUAAGCUAGUGACAAUUUUUUUUGUAGUAUUGUAAUAAAAAAGUCUCAAAAUGAAAGUUAAAUCUUUGUUAAAUUAUGUUCCACCACAAUUUAACACCAUGUAUUCUAUUGUGCAUUUCAGGAGCGAAGAGUUACAUUUGUGCAAUAUGUACUCUCAAGUAAUAGUUUUGUUACAUGCUCAUUUGAAUACAAAUCAAACAUUAACUACACUACUACGACCUGGGUCCCUUCUCAGCCAAAAUGUGUGCUAAAAUUGUUUAUGACAGCACAGAAGCGCACCAAAAAUGCAAUGAACCUUACUGUUAAAAUUCAGUAGGUAGACUAAAAAAAUUUGGUUAGGACGGACAGACGGAAACUCCAUAUCAAGUAAAACAAAUGAACUUACUACAGCCAAGGCUUAUCUGAACACUGCUUAAAAUUGUAAUUAUUGCAUAUAAUUCAAAACAAAUGCAGCCAGGUUUACAUUCUGUACAUUAAACAGAAAAUUAAGAAUAGUAACUUGUACAACUUAACGUCUUAUUGAAAGAGCUACGUUAAAAUUAUUGACCCUUUUGAAACUACAACCAAAUUGUUCUAAUGGUGGGUGUAAUUAUAACUUCUGCACCUGAGUGCUGCUGCUGCUGCAUCUACUCAAGAGGUGGCAUAGAACGUGAAGAAGAUGCAGGUGGGUGGGAAUUACAAAUUUGAACACUGGAACACGAAUGCUGUUUUUUAGUUAGGAUAUGCAUCAUAAAAUAUUGUGAUUUACAGUAAUUAAAUUAAAGUUUAAUAUUUUCUGGAAAAUAACAUGUAGACAAAUUAAAAUGGAAAAACAAAGCAAAAAACAGUGUUUCCCAUUGAAACAAGUUUUCAGUUUUAUAUGCAUAAUUGAAAAAAAAAAUGUAUUAAACUAAUUUUAUAUCUCAAUUAUAAUUUCUUGCAUAAAAUCAACAGAAGCUUAUAAAAUACAGUUAUGUUACACAUUUUAACAAAAAUAAUUUCUUUUAUUAACCCUCAUGCAUUUGGGUGGUAACAUACAGAAUGAGAUUAAAUUUGACAGACAAACUUUGACUUCAGGUUAAUGACAAAAUAGGUUGAAAACUUCUAUAUGACUUAUGGUUUAAAACUUUGAAGUUUGGGCGAACAACUUUUUUAUUGUAAAUAAUAAAGUAUUUAUGAUGGAACACUGAGUCUCUGAAUCAUGUUUAAGAAUGAUCGUCUACAACCACUGUAAAUUUUAUGGCUGUAGCAAAAUUAUUUGAUUGAAAUAAUGGGAGUAACACUUCUAUUUUCCACAUUUUUUCUGACGUGUUACUGCCCCGAUCUAUUUCAAUGAAAUAGUUUUUCUAAAGCUACAAAAUUCACUGUGUUUGUAAAACAUCAUUCAAUUAAACAUUCAGACACUCAAGUUUCCAUCUUAAAUACUUUCUCUAUAAUUUACAAUAAAAAGAUUGUUCAGCCCCACUUCAAAGACGUACACCAGACUUGGGGAAGCACUUAAGACCAUAAGUCGGUAGAGGUUUUCAAAUUAUUUUGUCGUGAUUAACCUGCAGUUCAAGUUUGUCUGUCAAAUUCAGACUCAUUCUGUAUUUCCUUUGUACUUUACACGCCCUCUUUGAAAGCAGAAGUUAUAAAAAGUACAGUUCACACCAACAAAGCCAAAGAUUUGGUGCAGGGCCACCGAGAGAAAUUGUGGGCCCCUGGGCAGUUGGGGUAGUAGCCCCCCCCCCCCCCCUCCCAUUUUUUUGUGUAACAAUACUAAUUAUAUCAUAAAUAUCUAUGUGAAGAAUGUUGCAAAAUUUCUUCUUUCAUUUAAACAUAGCUUAACAAUCUUCUAAUUAUAAAAAAAGAGGGCAUUUUUAGGUGUUAUCUCAGUGCACUUUUACAUU